AUGUCGCGAUCACUUGAUGGAAAGCUCGGCAUCGUGACCGGUGCCGCUCGGGGCAUCGGUGUCGCCAUCGCCGAGAACCUUGCUUCCAAGGGCUGCAACCUCAUCCUGGGCUACACUUCGGCUUCCUCGCAGUCCCGCGCUGAGAAGCUGGCUGCCGACCUCAAGGGCAAGCACAACAUCAUCGCCCUGCCCGUGCAGGCUGAUCUCGGGACCCCUACUGGUCCUGCCGCUCUGGUCGAGUCGGCCAAGAAGCAGGCCUCUGAGACGGGCAUCGCCAAGUUCCAGAUCGACAUUCUGAUCAACAACGCUGGUGUAGCCCUGAACAACCUCAUUCCCGAUAUCACCGUCGACCAGUUCGACACGUCCUACCGCGUCAAUGUUCUCGGGCCGCUCCUUCUCGUCCAAGCCGUUCAGCCCUACCUGCCCAACGAUCGCUCCGGCCGCAUCGUCAACCUCUCGUCCGUCAGCUCCUCCACCGGUUUCUUCGGCCAGAGCGUCUACGGUGGCACCAAAGCCGCGCUCGAGGCUAUGACGCGCACCUGGGCUCGCGAGCUCAGCGAAAACGCGACCGUUAACGCCAUCAACCCGGGCCCCGUCCUGACCGAGAUGUACGAAAGCAACACGCCCGAGUUUAAGCGCUUCAUCAAGGGCUUCAUCGAGCACUCGCCCCUGAUGAAGGCUCGUCCCGGCAUCGACGAUGAUGCGCUCGUCAAGGAGGCGGAGACGGCAGGCGGUCGUCCGGCGUAUGUCGGCGAGGUUGCUGGUAUUGUGGGCAUGUUGGUGUCUGCUGAGUCUGCGUGGUGCACAGGACAGGUUGUGUGCGCAAACGGCGGCAUGCUCUUCGGAACGCAGUAG